AUGAAGCUGCCGGAAAAUGAAGACGACGCCGUCGAGGCUGAAACCAUCCACGUUCUUGAAUCGCUACUCGAUUCAAUCCACAAAACUCAAUCUUUCAAAGGGAAAUGGUCGCUCAUGGAAACAAAACUUUCCGACCUCAAAGCCCAACUCUCUGAGCUCUCCGACUUCCCUCCGAACUCCCUCUCCGUUGACCUCCUCCGUUCUCUCUCUCGAACUCUCUCCGACGCUCUGACUUUCUCCCUCACCUGCCACAGCUCGAAUCUCCCCGGCGGCAAGCUCAAAACCCAAAAUGAAGUCGAUUCCAUCUCAGCAAAACUGGACAACCACAUCAGAGACUGGGAGGUUUUAAUCAAAAGCGGCGUUCUCAAUGACGGAGUCGUUUCUUCCUUAUCGGUUUCGAAGAGGGAAUCCGUUCGAAUCGAGGCGAGGAAUUUGGUAACUCGGUUGCAGAUGGGUUCGGUUGAUUCUAGAACGUUAGCUCUUGACUCACUCUUCAGGCUAAUCCAAGAAGACGAUAAGAAUGUUCUGAUCGCCGUCGCGCAGGGAGUAGCUCCGGUGCUUGUGCGUCUUCUGGAUUCCGGAUCUUCAAUGGAAAUUAGAGAAAAAUCGGUGACAGCAAUUGCUAGGAUUUCAACAGUUGAUUCGAGCAAACACGGGUUAAUGGCGGAAGGUUUGCUGUUACUCCAUUAUCUCAUUCGAGUUCUCGAAUCAGGUAGCGGAUUGGCCAAAGAGAAAGCGUGCAUUACGCUUCAAGCAUUAACCCUUUCCAAAGAAAACGCAAUAGUAAUUGCUUCAAGAGGUGGGAUUUCAUCGUUAUUAGAGAUUUGCCAGUCGGGUACUCCGAGUUCACAAGCAUUCGCCGCCGCCGUACUCCGGAAUUUAACCACCUUCUCCGAGACGAGAGACGAUUUUAUGGAAGAACACGCAAUUUCUGUACUUCUAACACUCGCUAGCUCAGGAACUGCGCUAGCACAAGAGCAUUCAAUUGCGUGUUUAAGCAAUCUCGUUAGAGAAGACGAUGAUAUAAAACUUUUAAUUGCUCGAAAAGGAGGGAUCAAUAGUUUGAAAAGCUUCUGGGAUUCUUCCCCUGUUGUUGGGAGCUUAGAUGUUGCAGUUGAGUUUUUGAGCAAUUUAGCUUCCGAUCAACGUCUGGUCGAACUCAUAAUUACGAAUGGUUUCUUAAAUCGGCUCAUUGCUGUGUUAAAUUGUGGGGUAUUAGGCGUUAGAAUCCAUGCUGCUGAAGCAAUUUACAAGGUGGGAUACAACACGAAAACCCAAAAAGAAUUAGGCGAAUUAGGGUUCAUUCCGCCAUUGAUUAGAAUGCUCGAUGGGAAAGCUAUGGAAGAAAUCGAAGCUGCUGCAAAGGCGUUAUCAACAAUCUUGGUUUAUACAGAAAACAGGAGAAUUUACAGGAAGGAACAGAAAGGGAUAAUGAAUGUGGUUCAUCUCUUAGAUCCAUCGAUAAAAAAUAUCGACAAGAAAUACCCUAUUUCAAUACUAAUGUCCUUAACACAUUCGAAGAAAUGCUGCAAACAGAUGGUGAAAUCAGGUGCUUUGUUGCAUUUACUGAAGCUUGUAACAAUGGAGGUUGAAGGUGCUAAGAAAUUACAGGAAACAAUUGGUGGUGGGAAGCUGUGGGGUGUUUUCAAAAGGCAUUAG